UUCAGUGCUUAAUUUCUCAUUGAUAACUAAAACAUCCUUGAUCAUGACGGUGUCUGAGGGAGAAGAUGAGUAUGAAUAUGAGGAACAGGAAGAACUCCUGUUUCUGGACCUUAAGGGAGUUGUGCAGUCUGAGAUCACUCAAGAGGCCUUGAAUAACUUCAAGUUGCUUGGCAUUCACACACCAAAUCCUAUUCUACAGAUUGGUGGACUAAUAUUCCAAGGAGGCUUUGAACCAACCGUGGGAACAGCUGUGUUUUUUCAAGAGCAGCCACAGUCAGCCUCAACUCUGCCUCCCCUGCCUGUGUUUGCCAAGAGGCCCAAGAAGAUGCUUCAGUACGCUUACAAAGCGCAUAAUAUGAUACAAAUGAAGCGUAUUUUUGUUAAACCCUUCAAGGAAAAUAGUGAAGCCCAACUGCUUGGAGAUGAUUGAUGUUCCAGUAGUCCAGAAAAUAUGCAUGAUAUAGGAGCUGAUAUGAGAUUUUCUGCUCUCUUGCUGUAAUAUUAAUAGUUUUAAUAUAGGUAACUAUUGUUAAUAGUCAAAUAAAUAUAGUCACUGCUUAUGGAUGUGACUUCUGAUAUGGAUUGGAGAGUGUUAAAUAUUCAGAUGUGGUCAAAUAUUCCUUUUAUUACUUAUGCAUUGUUUACAUACGAUCAUCAAAGGCCUACUUAAGUGUAAUUAAAAAAAACUGUGGAGCAAUAAAAAAUAUAAAUUUUGCUAUUAAAUUUCUUUUUGAGGUAAAAUGAUUGGAUUCUGCUGUGCAGUCGAAAGCUAGAUUGUAGGUUAUGAGCUUUAUUGUAAUUGAUACCCUGCCUGUUUGCAACUAUGUAUUAAUGUUUUGCACUGCUAAAUUUUUUUAUUUUAGGUAGUACCAAUCUUCUGCUCUCGAUUUUAGGUGCAUGUACUUGUUUGCAGUAUCUUGGCUCAAUCUCUUUCCAUACCUUAAUUUUUGUUAAUUUUUUCAUGAAAUAUGUUCUUUUGCUUAAAUUUCUUUUGAUCACAUCUGGUAUGGAAUAUCUAGUUGUCAGUAGCCCAUUUUGAAGUUUUCCACGAAUAUUAUGCUGUCAGUUAGUUGAUGUGACUAAAUGAUCAAUCAAUUGAAGAUGAAAGAGUUAAGUUAACUUGUAUUGUUUUUAGCUUUGCUCACUAAUUCAUUUUAUCCAAAUUAGACCACAGUACCUAUACGGGUAUGGAGGCCAAGAAUGUUCACAAUCAUUUAGUUGUCUUUGUCGAGUUUCCUUACAAAUACUGGUACAGUAUUUGUAGCAAAUACUGUAGCUUCAUUAAAAAAAUGGCUUGUGAGAGGGCUAGUUGUCGCAAACGUGUCAAAGUAUGAUGUUGCUUUGAUAUCGUCUAUUAUAUGGCGAAUAUGUAUACUCACUCUGAUCUAAUCAACUGUAGUGUUAAGGUAAAAAUGUUUGAUGACCAAGAAACGAAUGUUUGCACUCGUUUGUUCUCAUGGACAGUUAAUGAACGAAAUUUACCUUACAAACAAAACUUUUGUGUUGAGUUCUUUUAAUGUGGUUAAAAAAAUCAACAUAUUAUUGUCUGCCUAUUAGAUUGAGAAGAUACA